AUGUUGACGCGCCCGCGGCUGCUGUCCGGCACGGGUGUGCCAGCUGGACCUGACGUGUGGGGAGACAGGCUUGGGCAGGAGACGGCGAAGGCCGACGAAGAGGAGGAUCUCGUGUCAGACUCAGAUGACGAGGACGGUGGCGAAGAUACAUGUGCAACCAGGUACACGGGUGUGAAGCUGGAUCCGAACACCGGCAAGUACGGCGUCAAGAUUCUGUUUAAAGAACGUGGGAAGCGCAAGCAGCAGAGACUGGGAGGGUACACCACUGAGGAGGAGGCGGCAUUUGCAUACGCCGCCGGUGCGUUCGUGCUGAGGCCUAGCGAGAGGAUACCCAACACCGUCAGCCUGUCGGCCGCAGAGAAGGCAACGCUGCGGGGGUGCACCAAAGAAGAUUUACAGACCCUGGUGGAAGCGAGGAAGUGGUGGAGGUGGAGGAGUUGGCGUGAGGCGCUGGAGAGCGUGGGCCAGCGGUUGAAACGAGUGAGGAAGCGUGGGGGUGCAACAGGUGCAUCAAAGAGGCGCAGGGUUGUGGACCACGACCACAUAGCUACCAACGACCCAGCGGCAACCGACAAUGCUGAGAGUGGGGGGACGGCCCCAGUGACAAACGAGCAAGGCGGAGGUGCAAGGGACAAUGACCAGGAAGAGCGGAGGGAAGACACUGGAGCUGAGGAGGAGACAUCAGAGAUGGCUGCAGAAUUGUUGACGAUGCCGCGAGGUCGACUGUCCAACGGGAACCGUGGGGCGCCCUUACCCAAGAGCCUGAGCUUCCGCAAGAAGGGGAAGGAGGUGGUGCAGCCAGAGGAAGAUGACGGCACUGGGGCGGAGAGUGCAGAUUCGUCCGAGCGCAGCGAGGAUGAGGACGAGGAAGGCGGAGACACGUCGGCAUCAGGAUCAGGCGAAGAAUCAGCCGAGCCCGCUAAGGGGGGGAAGACGGACGACGAUGGGCGUGCGGGACCAUCCGCGGCCAACGCUGACACUCGCGCUAAUCACGACGUGGACGGACUGGUGGGACCCACACGCUGGGACACAGUGGACGCCAACAGCGAUGACGUGCGCAUACCGAGCCGUAUCCUCGAGCAACUCAUUCAGGCUCAGGACAAGAGCGCCAAGGAGAACGCGCGGUUGGAGGCGCUGUUCUUGAAUGCGAUGUCUCGGCCGUCCAGUGGCUCUCAUAAGCGUAAGGCGACCAGGCAGAGAGACCCGGGGCAGGGUUGUAUGAACCCGAAGCGUAAGCGUGGCGAGACGUGGAGUGGCGGGUCAGACGAUGACGGCGAGGACGACGAUGACGACACACAUGGAUCUGGUGGCCGUCAUAUGCGCACGGCCAAGUCUCCUAUUCUGCAGCGCGCCUUGGAGCAUUUGCCUGCGGACAAGGCGUGGAAGCGGGUGUGCGAGCUGGCCAGGGUGCACAUGUUUCUCAACAGGCCGACGUCGAUGAUGACCUUCUACCCGAGCAGCGACGACAAGACACACGGGGUGUGUGCGGUGCUGGACCGCCUGCCGCAUAGCUUCGCCUGUUUGGCGUUGGCGGCUGACAAGUCGCGUCGCGCUGAUCUCAACAAGACACUCUCUGAGUGGAAGACGCGGGCUGCCGCCCGCGUGCGCGACAUUGCACUUCCCAAGCUCGGCUUGUUCCGCGACGAUCGGGACGCAUCCAGCCCAUGGGCACCGGAGAAGGAACGCAGUAUUGAGAAGAUCCGGGAGCGCAUUGGGUUCGGCGCUGACCCCCCUGAAACACUGGUGCUCACGACAUGGGCGAUAGACCGGGAUGGCAUGCCGUUCGCCUCUCGGGCGUUCGCGACAUGUGCGAAGGCUGCAUUCAGGCCCAAGAAGGCCGGCCUGGUGAUGACGCUGAAGGUGUACCACCUGGCCUGGUUGGAGCAUGUGGUCUCCGACUGCGUCCUCUACUGGGAGCAGAGGAAAGGCCGGCUUUCCAACUCGGCCGGCGGAAACGCCCACGUUGUGGACGGCCUCAAGGUCCUGGUUAAGGAGGCCGUGGAGAGGGCGAUCAGGAUCCGCAACCCGGAGUAUGACGCGGAGCGGGAGGCGUGGAUCUGGGGGCGCCAUGGUCUGCGCAUCUCUGCGUGCGGCCUGGAGCACAUGAGGCCCGCCGGCGCAGCCCAGCCGGAGGAGCCAGUGGGGGACGACGACCUUUCGGCAUCCGUGGGGGAUGAGUAG